UAGAUUAUUUGCCCGGUUCACACGAGUUUUUAGUUUUCCACAAAAUAACAAAUCAUGACGAUCAUAAAAGUAGCAAAUGAGAGUGAGGUGAUCAGUAAGCUAAGUAUGUAUGUGGAGAAAAUAUCGAACGACGCUAUUUACAAUCGGGGAAAGUUUUACAUUGCGUUAUCGGGUGGUUCGGUGCUCAAGUUCCUUUGUGAAGGGCUGCCGAAGGUGAACACAGUGUGGUCGAAAUGGAUCCUGGCAUUCUGCGACGAGCGAGUAGUACCAGAGGACAACGAGGACUCCACUUUCGGAGUUUACAAGAGGGAACUCAUACCUAAGACUGAAUUGAAAGAGGAGCAAUUCGUUGUGUUGAAACAGGGUGUCUCUGCUGAAGAGGCAGCAAAAGACUACACAGAAAAACUAAAAUCAGCCUUUAACAGUGAAGAAUUCAAAUUUGACUUUCUCCUCCUGGGCAUGGGGCCCGAUGGCCACACUUGCUCCCUGUUCCCGGGACAUCCACUGCUGGAGGAAACCAGCUUGAAGGUGGCAGCCAUCACCGACUCUCCAAAACCACCUCCAGCAAGGAUCACAUUGACGUUCCCUGUGAUAAACUUGGCAAGGAACUGUAUUUUUGCUAUUAGUGGAGCAGGAAAGGCAGACAUGGUGAAGCGUAUCCUAAAGGAUAAGGAAGACCUGCCUUCAGCUCGCGUGAAGCCGCAAGGCGCGCUGUACUGGAUCGUCGACAACGCCGCCGCCGCGCAUAUAUGAAUAAUGUUGCUGACCAAUAUUAGACUUGAUGACAUUGCAAUAAGAUUGACAUUAGGGUACACUGUCAAGAAAUUUAUUUUCGGUUC